AUGUUUAAUCAUGAAAAAUGCUAUCUGUACUUUGCAGCAUUUGGAAAAGCAAUCCAUGCCCUUUCCCGAAUUGGCGAUGAAUUAUGCUUUGAUCCUUUGCAAAACGGUCUUGCACUGAGAUCAGUUAAUUCUUCUGCAUCAGCAUAUGCUUGUUUUUUAUUCUCCCCCCUCUUCUUCCUGCAUUAUAGUCAGGAUAACAAGCAGCAGCAAGAUUGCACUGAAGCUGAGGUUGUACCCCUCAACUGUAAACUAGCAGUUAAGUAUAUUCUUCCUAUGUUUCGAUGCCUAACUACACUAGAGAGGAGUGUGGAAAAAUGCAAGAUUUAUGUAAAUUCAGAGGACUGCCGAAUAGUUUUUCAGUUCUGCUGUAAACAUGGAAUUAUUAAAGCUCACCAUUUGGCAUUUCAGGAAUGUGAGUCCCUUCAGGCUGUGUUUUCGACGCACUUAAGCCCAAAUAUAGUGCGAUGUCAUGCAAGGCUUCUCUCUGACAUAGCCGUUCAUUUUCCAAUGUCUCAAGAAGAAAUUACUUUGACCGUAACUCCUUUGAAAGUGUUGUUCAAGAGCUAUGUAGAUGAAGACAAAGAUUUCUCAAAAAUAAUGCAAACUGAAGUGAGCUUAAAACCCAGUGAGUUUGAAUAUCUGCAGGUUGGAGUUGACGCUGAGAUAACAUUCUGCUUGAAGGAGCUUAGGGGUCUUCUGGCAUUUGCAGAAUCAAUGAGCCUUUCCAUUUCAGCCCAUUUUGGAACAGCUGGGAAGCCAAUUGGAUUUAUCAUUGAUAACAUGAUGCUCGAAGCUAUUUUCGUUCUGGCUACGGUAAUUGACAUAGGAACUCAGUCAUCAUCACAGCAUAAUCAGAACUCAAAAACCUUUGUCAAUACGAGUGUUAAUCUGACAGACAUUCAGAUUGAAGAUGUGAAUAAAUUGAUUACUGAAGAAAUCAAUGCACCAGCUAUAACCAUGGGAACCACUUUACAAAAAGAUGCUCAGUGCCAAAUUCAGGAUGGAGAAGAUAACUGUAGGAGCCCUAAAUUAACUGGAGAGCUGAAACAAAAUGUCAAAAUAUUCUCUGUAUGUAACAGUUGUUCAGAGGAUGGAGUUGAAAGUGAAAUGCUGCCUGGAACACCACCAAAUAAAAAGUUGUGUACACUAUUCUUCAACGACGUGCUGUCUAAAUAUCAGAAGAACAAUCAUCAAUCUUUAGCGUGCCUAGCAAAUGACAGUGAAGAGGAGGAGGUCAAGGAAGGAAAAUGCAGGCAAAAUUCUAAGAAUUCAGGAACGGCAGCCUUGGCAAUGUCUUGCUAAAGGGUUUCUGGAUCUCGAAAGCCCAGGGGCAGCAAAGCAUCUAAAGCAAAAAUCUUGUAGUGCUUUAUUGCAGUUCCAACUAUAAGAUACAGACUUUGCUGUUCAAUGAGUUAUAAAGGACAGAAAGCAAUUCAAUUAUCAUAUUCUAAAGCAUCACAGCAUUAACAAUAGCAAGUUCAAUGCCACAAGUUAUCAGUUGAUUACAUUAAUCCUUUAUAGGGUUAACAGUACAAAAUAUCCGAGUGUGGAUUCUUACCAGCCUGCAGAUACCAUUUUAAAUGCCAAGUUCAAAUUUCUUUAAAAAAUUUGAAAUGGCAAUCAAAUUUAAAUGUUAACUUAUUGCAAAUUAAAUUCCUUGAUCCAUACUUAGACUAACAAGAAACCUGGAAAAAAUUUCUAUGCAAUUGCUUUCAUGACUUCAACUUUCUAUUUAGUGACAUUUCAGUAAACUUUCUAUUUUGGAAGAUAGCUAAUGUAGAACCUUAAACUGCCUUUUGCAGACUAAAGAAAUAAACAAGACUUAUUAAGAAUAGUUUAACUUAUAGUAAAUCUUUGAAGCUCAAUAUGUGAUUUUUUUUUGUACACUUUUUCCAUGUCUGUG